AUGUUGGAGUUGAAUCAACCGCCGGCCUCGACCAGCGCGGGCGGCAUGCUGUCCUUCCUCUCGAACAUGGACAACCGCGCCGGCCUGGUCCUCAACCCGCCGCUGGCCGCCCUCCACACCAUGACGGACAUGAAGUCCUUAUAUUCGCAGCAAUCCGUCAAGUCCCUCUCGCCACAGUCCCCGCCACAGUUGUCGCCGCAGGGACUCUCGCCACAGGAGCUGGCCAUCUCGUACGCGACGGCCGCCUCCACCGCCGCCGCCACCACCACCAGCAACAGCAUGGCCACGCCGCACAACAUCGAGAACAUCCUGAACCGGCCGAGUCCGCUCAUGACCACCUCGACGGGGCUCUGCGGCGUGGGCCAGAUGGGCGGCAUGUCCGGCCUAGGGCAUUUGGCGCGACCCACCUCCGUGUACUGGCCCGGCGUGCAGGGCAUGUUGCAGAACCCUCUCUUCUGGCGAGAGAGGUUACAGACCAGCCACGCCAUGCCGAUGGACAAAGACGGCAAGAAGAAGCACACGCGCCCCACCUUCAGCGGCCAGCAGAUCUUCGCGCUCGAGAAGACCUUCGAACAGACCAAGUACCUAGCGGGUCCCGAGCGAGCCAAGCUGGCCUACGCCCUCGGCAUGACGGAGUCGCAGGUCAAGGUGUGGUUCCAAAACCGGCGCACAAAAUGGCGGAAGCGCCACGCCGCGGAGAUGGCCUCAGCCAAGAGGAAGCAAGAGGAGGCCGUCGAGGGCUACAGAGACGACGACCAAGAGGACGACGACGAGCAGUCCGAGUCGAAGCGGCUGAAGCACAACCUGGACGAGCACGAGUCGCCGUCCGCCACGGCCCCGCCCCAGACGCACAUGGGCGCGCUGGCCGGCCACUCCGCCGCCGCCGCCUCCGCGCUCGACGCCCUCGACUGCCCUCCGAGCCGCGACCUGCAGCCCAGCCUGCAGUGAGGGGCAGCGGGGGCAGAGGCGGCUUCCGGUGCGGCGGCGCGGGUGCAACCUGGGUAGAAGUGAAGUUUGGUUGGCUUUGGGGAGCGCCGAUAAGGACCUUUUUCGGAGGAACUUCGGAGGAAAAAAGGAAACAGCCGAACUUCAUGAUUAUUUUGGGUUCAAGUGUUGUUUAUGUAAUAUAUGAUAGUUCAUCUAUAUAUUGUAUAUACAUGUGCUUUAAAAUAGUAAUAAAAAAGGUAUGUGGAUACCACACGAACUGCAACGUUCAAAGUCAGAUACAUUUUACGAAUUUUAUAAUUACGCAUUUAAGGAAAAAAAUACACAAGUUAGACACGAAUCCCAGCAUCACAUUUAUUCUUCAAAUCUGUCUCUAUGAAUUAAAUACUCGCAGAUCGAGCUUUACUGUAUAUUUGUGAUAUAUUUAAAAUGAGAAAAAAGAAAUACCCGACGCCCUUUUCGUAAGCACGACUUGUCUCGCUCUUCGCAAGUGGUUCAGAAUCGGCAACAUGUUACGGAUCCCAAUCUUAUCUUUUUACUCGUGGUAGUUGGUAACUGAUCUUUAACCACAGACAAAACAGAAAGAAAAUAUGUACCAUGCGAAUCAUAUAUAGAUGUGUGUAUAUAUGAAGCAAACAGAAAUCAAGGCUUUUUAAUAGUCUUUCGUAUCCUGUUCUGCGGUCUCAUAAUGUUCACCAACAGCCUAUGUUCAUUUUUGUUCAACUGUUUUCGAGAUGAAUAUCACAUUACUGAUUAUUACCUCAUCUUGGCGGUUGCUAC